AAAUAAUGAAAGAAAAGAGAAAAAUGAAAGAAAAGGGGGAGGAGCAAAAGAAAAAAGGAAUAACAAAAGAAAAGAGAACGAAAGAAAAAGGAAAGAAUGAAAGAAAAGAGAAUAACGAAAGAAAAAAAAAAAAGGCCAAAGAAAGGAAAAAAAAAGAAAUGGAAAAAAGAGGAAAAAAAGAAAACCAAAAUGAAAGUCCCAGCAAGAAUUCAAACAAAAGCCAAGAGAAAAUCCAAGAAAAAUCCAAGAGAAAGUUCAAGACCAAAAAAACGAAAAUUCAAUCGAAAGCUCAAGAAAAAGUCCAAGCAAAAUCUCAAAAAAUCUGA